AUGUCGAUACAACGCACACCACCAAAAUUUGCGUCAAACCCGAAUUUAUCUGCGUCGGCGGAGGUAGAUGAUAUUUUUGUCAAUUCACGUAAGCGUAAGCAACCUGAAGAUGAUGACAUUACUUACCGUAUGAAAAUAUUGGAAGAUAAACUUGAUAAAUUUGAUCAAAAUAUAUCGGAGACUAUAACCAAGUCCUUACAAUUAAUUUUGGCAAGUCACUUAUCUAAGAUAACAGUGUCAUUGGCCGCUCUAAAUGACACUGUUCAUGGCCUGGGCUCCGGCAAUGCAAGCUUCAAGGAAUCCCUCAAGGAUAUAAAUAGCCGCUGA